CCUUCAACUUCAAGUUCAAGUUGACAGAACUGAGAGAAAAACAAGGAGUCACGGAGGGGAAUCAGCUGCUAAAAAUCGAGGGCAAAGUCGUGGUUUCACAACUUCUAUAAAUUCUGUGAGACACCGUUGGUAAACCGUGUUUCCUGCAAGUUCCCGCUCUCCUCGCUCCCCUCGAGACCUCGUUGUGCCCCUCCUCGGCCGGCCCCGCACUCCAGUCUUCAGCAACCAUGGCGCCCAAACACCGAGUUAUUAUCGAUACCGAUCCAGGCGUCGAUGAUGUCAUGGCCUUGCUGCUGGCCCUCAGCGCCUCACCAGAGGAGCUCGAGGUUGCCAUGAUCUCUGUCACAUACGGCAAUGUGCCGAUACAGAGAUGCCUCCGCAAUGUUGUGGCCUUGUUCCACGUGCUCGAGAAGGAAAUGGCCUGGCGGGAGUCCACGGGCAAGCCUACAUACGGCGCAUUGGGUGCUUACAAGCCCAUCGUCGCUGUCGGCGCUGAACAUGCCCUCGAAGAUGAGCAGCUUGUAGCCGACCACUUCCAUGGUGCUGACGGGUUGCACGGCGUCCACGAUGCGCACCCUCAUCUGUCCCCGGCAGACACCUGGCGUACCCUAUUUGAGGAUGCUCCCACUGAACCCAGCAGCUCUGUCGAGCCGCCCUCGUACUCGAGGUUCUUUACCCCGAGCAAGACCCUCGCUCAUAAGGAAAUACUCCGGCUUUUGAAGGAGGAGCCCGAAGACACCAUCACCAUCAUCGCCAUUGGGCCGCUAACCAACGUUGCCCUGGCGGCUUCCGAGGACCCUGAGACUUUCCUCCGGGUAAAGGAGCUCGUGGUGAUGGGAGGCGCCGUGGAAGUUGAAGGCAACGUCACCCCGUGCGCCGAGUUCAACUGCAUGGCCGACGCAGUGGCAGCCGCACGCGUCUUCGCCUUGACCUCGCUCGUGCCCUCGGCCACCAUGCCACCCGUGAUUCACGGCAAAUCUUUCCUCCCCCCGUACCCCGCGAAGCUGUCCCGUCAGCUGAAGCUAACUCUCUUCCCGCUCGACAUCACCACGCCGCACGAGCUCAAGAAACGGGGUUUCAACGCCAAGGUCCAGCCGCUCAUGGACUCUAGCAGUCCGCUGGCGCAGUGGACCGAGACCUUCAUGAACGGCACUUUCAAUAAGAUCGACUCGAUGCUCGGCAUGGGCCAUGACGCGGGCCUAUCGCUGCACGACCCCCUGUGCAUCUGGUACAUGCUGACGCGUGACCACCCCGGGUGGAAGACGGUACCCAAGCUUGAGGACAUCCGCAUCGAGACUUCUGGUCAAUGGACCAGAGGCAUGCACGUCAUCGACAAGCGUGGCCUGGCAAAGCCUGCCGAGCUGGACAGCACGGUGGAGACGCACCCGGCAGAUCCCAUGGACGCCGUCACGCUGGACGAAAUCCCCGGCGACACCGAUGGCUGGCUGAGUUUGCGUAAGGGUAACAGAAUCAACAGGGUGGUGGGGUCGCCCAGCCUGGACACCUUUGCGAACAUUCUGCUGGAGAAGAUUUUCGCGUAGAUAGCAAAUAGACCAGACCACCUGGAUCCCAUAGGUUUGGAUUUGAUUCAUUUUGGGUAUCUUAACCGGAGCCGGCUUCCCUCGAGUGUCAGCAAUUAACUCGUUCUGGGGGGAGUAAAAGCCGAGUUGUGGGAGAGGCAUACCCUUGGAAGGCACCCACGCAAACCCCAAACGCCAAUUGCGAGAACUGAAAGCGCAACCUCCCAUCUCUUUCCCCCACCGUACCACCGUCUACUCCCAUAACCCCUCCCGGCCCGCCCUCCAG